CAUCCUAACGGGUUACCCAUUACUGAAAAAAUCCACGUCAGAGUACCUCCUGAAGCAUGAACAGCAACUCAAAUGAAGAUAACUUCUUUUCCAAAUUUGGACAGUAUGAAGCUGAACGCGCAAGAAGACGUGUAGAACUUAUGCAGGACUACUUGGAAUUCAAACGAAAAGAAGAAGAAAACUUUCACAAAAGAUUCUCCGAUAAAAAGAAGAGCUGUUCUUCUUCUAGUGAACACUCUGGAAUCCCGAAAUCGACUGAGACCCCGUCCAAAGGCAAUGAUAAUACAAAAAGCAAUGAUCUGGGAGGCCGGUUGACAGAGCUAGAGAAAAAAAUUAACACCUUACUUGUUGACAAAAGUGCGGCUUCCCAAAUUAAUCCUGCUGGAUUUGAUGGCGAAGUCACUGGCCCGAAGGAAGCGAACGGCAAAGUUCCUUUCAUUAAUGCUGCUCUUGACAAUGAAUACGAAGCAGAUCUAAGGAAGCGUCUUCAGCAGAUUUCUGAAGCGGAUAAACGCUUGAGUCUUAUCGAAGAGGAAUACAAUAAACUGAAAUUUGUCGACAGUCAGUAUGUUGCGCAAAGCUUUAAUAAUGUGAAUCCGGGAAGUCAGCUGGUCACAAAACCUACUAAGGAUGAGGAAAUGCACUUAAGACAGAUGCAAAAAGCACAAUACAGAAGAGAGCUAGAGUCACAAAUCGCUGAGAUAGAAGAAAAGCGUUUGCGUGAAAAGAUGGAUGCUGUGAAACCUAGUCCCAUACACUUCAGACCACUUUGUACAAAUGAAGUUUCACAGUUCUCAUCAAACAGCGAAAAUUCACUUGGAAAAGAUACGACCCCGACGGAAUCAAUUUACUUCGACAUAGGCCAACGGGAUUUAUUGGUAACUCACAUCCCAUAUUCUGAUGUACCAACGAAAAAAACGCUUAGUGUCGGUAAUAGUAUUAUAGUAGAUGCACAACAAAUUCAGAGUACAGCAGAAUCGAAGCUCAGAAAAAUGCAGUAUGCUGAGGAACUGAAAAAACAGAUUGAAGAGGCGAGGGCGAAGAAAGCACAACAGAAGAAGGAGGAUGAAGAAUAUAAUCGUAAAAUUGACGAGCAAAACCUCACUCUUGAGCUGUCAAGGGAUAAUAGUCAAAUGCGACAAAAAUUAAUGUCCUGUAGUUCUGAACAACUUUCUCAUAAGCAGCCCUUGGGGAUUUUAGAUAAAUCAAAAGGAAUGAAUCCUGUAAAAAUCACUGAAAUCAAGGAAGUGUCACAACCUAACUUCGCUAGGGGUGGUCAUGGAAUUUUCGGAAGUCCAUUAACAGAAGCACAGAAAUGCAGUCUUCAGCAGUACAAAGAAGAAUUGGCGCAACAAAUUGAGGAAAAGCGCUGUAUGAUGGAAGCCGAAAAACAAAGAGAGAUCGAACUGGAAAGACGUGAUAUGGAAAGAAUCCGAAUAGAACAGAUGAAGAUGCAAAGAGAAUUUGAGAUGGAACAAGCACGAAAGCUGAGUAGGGCUGAGAAGCCUACCCAACAGCUGACUGCCAGACAUUGUGAAUGCAACGACAAGAUUCGUGAAGAUAAGAUCCCAGAAAUGAAAAGGACUCAUACACAAACCAAAACCACAAAAGGCAGUCGACCGACGAGAGAUUCAGGAUUACGAAGAUAUAGUCCGACUGGCAGUCCAAAGAUACUGAUUGGUCCAGAAGCCAGCAAACUGAACAAAAUGAAGCAGAUAGAUAACGAAGCAACUAUGCAACACAAGAAUGACAGAACACAGUCCGUACUGAAGCAACUAAACACUCUUAGGGCACAACUUGAUGUUGAGAAGUCUAAAAUCGAGUCGACUUAUUACCAUCAGAAGCGGGCGUAUGGUGAUGAUAAGGAGCCUAUCGAAAUUGGUACCUGCAGACGAGCUAAACCUAGAGUAAACAGAAAAGCUGUGGAGCUGUUUCAGGAUGUUCCAAGUAGUAAUAAAGGUAGCAUAUAUAGGUCUGUGUAUGAAGAUGAAUUGUUGGAAAUGCCUUUCAAGGAAGAUCUGUCAACAGUCGACCAAAAGCAACUGGCGCUUUUGAAGAAGCAAGACGACUAUCUCCAGAAGCUGAGGAGAGAACUAGAAGAAAAAGCCGAACAAAAAAGCAGGACUAGCUUAAUAGAAAAUCAAAAUCCCACAACUGAAGAUCAGACAAAGUUAAGUGUUCCGACAUGGAAUACAAAUGAUAAGCUUACUGAACAAAAAUCUGAAUUAAAUGUGACAUUAAGUCCACAUUAUUCUUCUAAUGGAUCUAUUGAUUUAAAGGAACUGGCUGAAAAAAAUAAACAACGUCUAAUCAGGUUAGAUGCAAUUCAACUACUGGAUAAAGUGAGUAAUGACCCUGAAUCAGUUUUACAGCGUUUUGUUAAUGAACAUGAUGGAAUGUUUUUAAAUGAAUCUAAGCACAAUAUUUUUUAAUAACUCACAAAUCUUGUUCGC